AUGACGACUGCUCUCGACCACCUGCAGCUCGGCGGCAAGAUCGAAUGGCUUGCCCAGCUUGAUACGGCGUACCAGCCGGAACGCAAUCUCCGCCGGACGUCCAUCAUCUGCACCAUCGGCCCCAAGACCAACUCUGUCGAAGCCAUCAACAAGCUCCGCGAAGCUGGCCUGAAUGUGGUGCGGAUGAACUUCUCCCAUGGCAGCUACGAAUACCACCAGUCUGUCAUUGACAAUGCUCGCGAGGCCGAGAGGGUACAGAAGGGCCGCCAGGUCGCCAUCGCCCUCGACACCAAGGGUCCGGAGAUCCGGACGGGUAACACCAAGGGUGAUGUCGACAUUCCGAUCUCGGCUGGUACCAUCAUGAACUUCACGACCGACGAGAAGUAUGCGACGAGCUGUGACACUGAGAAUAUGUAUGUUGAUUACAAGAACAUCACCAAGGUCAUUGAGCCCGGGCGUAUCAUCUACGUUGACGACGGUGUUCUGGCAUUCGAUGUGCUCGAGAUUAUCGACGACAAGACUGUCAAGGUCAAGGCGCGGAACAACGGGUUUAUCUCUUCUCGUAAGGGUGUGAACCUGCCGAACACGGAUGUCGACUUGCCUGCCCUCUCAGAGAAGGACAAGAACGACCUCAGGUUUGGUGUCAAGAACAAUGUUGACAUGGUCUUUGCUUCCUUUAUUCGGAGGGGGCAGGACAUCAAGGACAUUCGCGAGGUCCUUGGCGAGGAGGGCCGCCACAUCCAGAUCAUUGCCAAGAUCGAGAACCGCCAAGGUCUUAACAACUUCCCCGAGAUUCUCGCCGAAACUGAUGGUGUGAUGGUGGCUCGUGGUGACUUGGGUAUCGAGAUUCCGGCGGCCGAGGUGUUCGCAGCCCAGAAGAAGAUCAUUGCCAUGUGCAACAUUGCGGGCAAGCCCGUCAUCUGCGCCACACAGAUGCUUGAGUCCAUGAUCAAGAACCCCAGGCCGACUAGAGCCGAGAUCAGUGACGUCGGCAACGCCGUUACUGACGGCGCUGACUGUGUCAUGCUUUCCGGUGAAACCGCCAAGGGCAACUACCCGUGCGAAGCCGUCCGCGAGAUGAGCGAGGCCUGCCUGAAGGCCGAGAAUUCGAUUCCUUAUGUCAGCCACUUCGAGGAGCUUUGCACGCUGGCCAAGAGGCCUGUUUCGACCGUCGAAUCGUGCGCCAUGGCUGCCGUCCGGGCUUCGCUCGACCUGAAUGCCGCCGGUAUCUUCGUGCUGUCCACGUCCGGCGAAUCUGCCCGCCUCAUCUCCAAGUACCGGCCGGUGUGCCCCAUCAUCAUGAUCACCCGGAACGCGUCUGCUUCUAGGUACGCCCACUUGUAUCGAGGCGUUUAUCCGUUCCUCUUCCCCGAGGCGAAGCCCGAUUUCAGCAAGGUCAACUGGCAGGAGGAUGUCGACCGCCGUAUCAAGUGGGGUCUCAGCCAUGCCAUUGACCUGGGCAUCCUCAACGAGGGUGAGACUGUGGUGGUUGUACAGGGCUGGAAGGGCGGUAUGGGUAACACCAACACCAUGCGGAUUGUCAAGGCUGAUGUGGACCAUCUUGGCAUCGGUCAGCUGGCCUGA